AUGGUUCACUACCAGCUUCAACAAUUAUUUGCUAUUGACCUCUUGAUCAUGCUAGCUCCUCAAAAUGACGUGGUUGUGUCUUGGCGUCCCUCGUCUGAGUUCCCUGGGAAUGUUUACAAGGGGGAGGGGGUUAUCAGUGGCAGUCCGGAGAAAGUGUGGGAGUGUCUGAAGCCCGUACCCAAUGGCAUGAGAGUCAAAUGGGACAACAAUGUCAAAAGGUUUGAGCUUGUGGAACAAAUCACAGAGCACAUCUCUAUCUGCCGGACGGUCACGCCCUCAGCAGCGAUGGGCAUCAUCGCUCCACGAGACUUUGUCGAUGUUAUUUUAAUCAAGCAAUACGAAGACGGCACCAUCUCAUCGAAUG